AACUGGCACUUGUGUAGUGCUUUUCUGAGAUGCACAGAUCUCAGAGAACUUUGCAAAGGUGAAUGUUAGAGAUGGAGAAACUGAGAUUGCAGGGAAGUGAGAUGACACAUGAGCCUCUGACAGAAUUACAAUGAUUUGCAUCUGGACCCCUUUUCCUAGCUCCACGUUGCCUGUUGUUUCUGCCCCAGGACUGGAUGAAACUUUUAUAUGCAGGGCAAGGGAAAUGGAAGAGUUUCCUAGUGUGAGCCUGGGCACAAGGCUAUAUUUGCAUAAGUGGCCAGGAGACUUUUGCUUUCUGUGAACAUUUUUGCAAACAAAAAAUAUCACUCACUGACGGUUACAGAAAGUGACUAGAAAGGGUCUUGUUCACAGUGUGAAUUCUGGGUUUUGUGUGCAUGACUGUGAAUACUUCCUUUGUGGUGUUUGCCCAUCUCUUGCUGACUGUGGGAUAAUGAUUACCUGAGUGUCUGACUACAAUCCGAAUUGCAAGGGGUUGAGAUUUCACUAAGGCAAAGAAGAUCCAUCUUGCCCCAGUGCAUGCUCAUUAUUCCACUAGAAUUAUGUCACUCACCAGAUACCCCUUUUGUUUCAGUGGUGAUGUUAUGAAACAAUUCCCUUUAAGUUAAUCAGUAUUGGAAAGCUGAGGCUUGCUUUAUAGUCACUGUCUUUGAUGUCUUCGGUAGUUCAUGUAAGGAUCUGCCUCUAUUUUGCUUUGAUUGACAAGCCCUUUUCUAUAAAUUUGAGCAAUUAAACAGCCCAGUAGCAGCUGCUAAGGAGAUCUGCUAAGAGCAAACCUGACACAGACUGCUGUGCGGGUCUCCUGCCAUUCACUUUGACAUUCUGAAACACCAUCUGCAAUUUAAAACUGCAUAGGCAGAUUUGUAUCCGACAAGUUAGCAUGAAGCUCCGUCAUGUGGUCCUGGGCUCCCUGCCUCUCCUGAUACUGGCUGGCUGUGUCAGUGCACUCAAAGCCUCCAACAUCAACCUGCGCACCUUCAUUGGCUGCGCUGUGCGUGAGUUCACCUUCCUGGCUAGGAAACCUGGCUGCAAGGGGAUGCGCAUCACCACGGACGCCUGCUGGGGGCGCUGCGAGACUUGGGAGAAGCCUGUGCUGGAUCCCCCGUACGUCGACGCGCACCAUCGAGUUUGCACCUACAAUGAGACUAAGCUGGUUACGGUGAAGCUGCCGAAUUGUGCUGAUGCUGUGGACCCUUCCUACACAUACCCUAUGGCCAUACGGUGUGACUGCGGGGUCUGUUCUACUGCAACUACUGAAUGUGAGACUGUCUGAGUCCCCCGCCCCUUGCUGGACAGCUGCUCUAGGCAUUUGGGGCCAAACUCUGUCCUGAUGUACACCCAGUGUAACUGCAGGAUUGCGGGUGGUGUAAGUCAGCAUGGAAUUAGCUUGGCUCUAAUGCUUCUUCACUGACCCUUCUGUACAGUAGAGACAUAAGCUUCUCCUAGCUGCCGGUUGUUUAACGAUCUAGUUGAUGCAGUAAAGUAAUAAGGAGCCUCACAGCAACAUAUCAGCUGGAAAGUACUGAUACAACUUGCUCUAGCCACAGGCAUUUCACAGUGUGAACUUGCCUUAUGCAUAAAGGGCACAUUUAAUUAGAAGUCAUAGACACGUUGAAAUUGACAAGAAGAGCAUUAAGGGCUUAGUAACAAUGAAUUUGUACAUUUCAGGUUUUAUUUCUCCCAACCCUGAGCCCUGAAUGCAACCAUACUCAGCAGAAUCCCCUCAACUCUCAUUAGGCUGGUUUCUCUUCUAAUUUACAUGGGUGUAAACCGGGAAUAACUACAUCAAGGAAAAUGGAAUUAUAGGGUUUUGAGCCC